AUGAGUUCGUUCCUGCAAAAGUGUCCAGUAUGUGAACGAGAGUUGAAUGCGACGCUCGCAAAUUUCCAGCUGCACGUCAACAAACAUCUCGACGACGGCGAGGAGGAGGAGUCCAAGAAAGUAGCAUUCCAACUCAGCAGCGACGAUGGCAAUCCCCCCUCACCUAAUGCCGAGCGGCACGUCGCAGAGGAGCCUUUGGGCCCGGCGGAACGUAUGAUGCGCGAAGUGGAGGAACAAGAUGCCGCUCUUGCAUCUCAAAUCGCUGCUGUUAAUGACGUUACCGGAAUGAAUUCCACACUUGUAUCUCUGUCGCUCGGCGGGAGCGCUCUCGAUUCGGCCGAGAUAUUCUAUGCCAACGUUCAGAGUGUACUGUUUCCGCACAUCGACGGUCUUGAGGGUGUUGGGCGCAAGAAAGUGCACAUCGCCUCAAAAAUGGACUUGUUUUGCAGUAACUUGGCAGGCCUUGGCUGGGAUUGUGGCUUUCGUAACAUCCAGAUGCUCUUCAGUGCACUCCUUCACGACCCGGCAUGCAGCCAGUACUUGCGCACUGUGGGAAUUUCCGAGGUGCCGAGUGUGCCUGAGAUUGCCGGUCGCAUCGAGGACGCCUGGAAACAGGGGUAUGAUCCUGAAGGCGCGGCCAAUUUCGGUGGUUCGUUGCUUGAUAAAGAAGUGUGGAUCGGCGCCACCGAAGUUUUCGUCCUCUUCCGCAGCAUCAGUUUUGACGUCUUUGUCAAGGACUUCGAGACCCCAACGGAUGCGGAUCGAAGGAAUAUGUUUUUGUGGAUUUUACAACAUUUCAACGAGUGGUGUAACGGCAAAUCGUGCUCAGUGCAUCGGCAUUCCUUUUUGGGCCCCAGGAAACGGUCGUUGGUGCCGUCGAUAUUCUGCCAGUGGCAAGGGCAUUCCGUGACCAUUAUCGGAGCAGAAAAAUCUAGAUCGGGAGAGGUGAACUUGCUCGUGCUCGAUCCUUCGCGCGGUUUUUACAAAUCUCUUGUGGACCGUCGAACGUCUCGCAUGUCUUUGGUCCGCCGUGGAAUCGACCACGCACAGUUUGCACAACCCAGAUUUCAACUCGUAUCUUUGUCGCAGAAGAAGCUUUCAUCGCCGGCGAAUACCAACGUGCGCGAGACACGGUGGGGCCGGCUGAAGGGGUUGAGACCAGGUGGUCGUUCGUAACGAGCUUCCAGUGCUCUAUUGAUAGACAUACAACAACGGGACACGACACGAAUGUAUUAAUUGGGUAUAUGUAUUUGUUUACAAGUUGUUAGAACUUUUUGGAUGCUAAUUAUCGACACCGGCCCCUCAAGUAGGGCCGGAAGAGCAGGAAAAAAAAAUAUACAGCAAACCAUU